AGCUUAGUAGAAAACUUUAUUUCAGGCCCAUGAAGGCCCCCCCCCUCCCCACUUGGGCCCUAGGUAGUCAGUCCUACUUCCCCCCCACUACGACGCCCCUGACUGUCUAUCUCAUUCCCAUUAUCAAGAACUCUUCAGGUCUCAGUCUCAGCAGCUCAAACUUCUCCCGGUUGGAGCCUAAAUAGCCUCGAGCUAGUGCACGUGUGCGCGCUCAGGGAAUUGCACACCUCUCUAUAAAUACACGCCGGAGCGCGAGCGACUCCUGUGUGUCAACAAACUCGAGUUUGACAGCCACAGCUCCUCCGACAGACUCAGACUUUAAAGAGACUUUUUCAAUGGAGCCUGCUGAGUAUCGUCCUCCGCAGAAGAGACAGAAGAGACAGUGCGUCAUUCUGAGUGUGGUUGUCCUGCUGCUCAUCUUCGUUAUUAUCCUCACUGCUGUCCUCCUGACACAAUUCCGAGGUUCUGAGUCAGGAGGUGCGCUGGGGCAGAGGACAGAAACACUGAAGGAGACGUUCAUGGACAGAUGUGGGAAGUUCAAAGGGUAUGACUGUGAGAAGGUAUGGGCUGCAUUCCAAAAAGCCUACGUAGGGAAGGACCCCUGUAAAGUCCCAAUGGAGGCCUACAACCCUUUGAUUGCUGCGGCCCCCUUCAAACCUACAUGCAACAGAAUGAUGUUCUGGAGCAAAACGAAGGAUGUGGUCCAUGACUUCACAGCCAAAAAAGAUUGUUUCGUGACCCUGGAGGACACUCUGGUGGGAUCUGUGCUGAAUGAUCUGACCUGGUGUGGAAAAGAAGGGAGCAGUGAAACUUUCACGUCUAACUGCCCAGGAUGGACAACAUGUGACAACAACCCUGUUCGCUCAUUUUGGAACAGCGUCUCAACUGCUUUUGCAGAAGUUGCUUGCGGUGAUACCACAGCGAUGCUAAAUGGAUCCAUCCCCACACCAUUCAGUCCGACCAGUAUUUUUGGAAGCAUCGAGGUUAAGAAGUUCACCUCCAAAAGGAUGACAAGUCUGAAUGUUGUUCUGGUCACACAGGACAAGAGUGUGUCAAAUUGUAAAAGUGCAUCUUUAAAGAACUUAGAGAAAGAGCUGGAUGGAGGCAUUAAAUACAACUGCAAAGAAGUGUCAGAGGCUCAGAUCAAGGCGUGCAGCUCAAACCCACAGGUCUCCUGUGGAGCGUGUUGGUGAAACUGAUUAUUCUGUCUGACAAAACAAGGACACAACAACUACCAGCUCUAAAGAAUAUUUGUACUGAGUUUAUUUUCUGUCAUGUUGUAAAUUAAAUGAUGUUCUUUUUGUACCUGUUGGCCAGUGUGACUUGAUGUGAAAUCAUCUUUUUACAUGAUUGGCAUCGAUAAUGUUUUUUCUAAGAUAACAAUGUUUCCUUGUACUUUGAAGUGGAAUGUUUUUUGGCAUGAUUGGGAACACUUAUAAAGUGUAAAAGAAAAGUUUGAGUUAAUCUGUACUGUAUGGUUACAAACCAGCACUGCUCUCUAAUCAUGUUCAACUGACACUCACUCCAACCUGUGAUUUUUUUUAAAUAAAUAUAAAAUCUGA